AUGGUGGAGUCAAAUUACCGAAUUGGUGGAGUGAUUCUUUAUUUCACAACAUGGUUUGUUAUAGGAUAUUGUAUUGUGAAAAUUGUUCAGGCUUGCCAUCCCUUAGACAACUAUGAAACAUACGCGAGUAGUGUUACACAAGCCACACAAAGUGGUGCUGAUGUCGAUGGAUCAACAAGAAUACAAAUGUGGAAAGAAGCUGCAGGAGGUAAAACACGGGGGCGGUGUUAUGGAUCUGCACAAUUGGUGCGCAACGUAAGAUAUGGAGUGAGCUUCUUGACACAGGUGUCAAUUACAAACCCCAAUAGAGAGGCAGAUAACCAAGCCAUUGAGGCUGCUAGAGCUGAAGCUGCUGCAGCACGUGAAGAAGCUGCACGAGCUAAUGCGAGGACAGAUGAAUUGGCAAAACAAUUUGAAGAUCUUAGGAAAAUGUUUGAUAUGUUCCAGUCUCGUCAGGCAGGUCGACCUUCUACUUCGAGUGAACAUUCUCAUUAUGAUUAUUCGGAGGAAGAGGAGGAUGAGGAAGAUGUUGCUGUUGAUGGUCAUGAUCAGGAUCAAUAGAGUUUAUUUAUGUCUAGAUUGUGUUAUGGUUUUCUUAUGUCUAGUUUGACUUAUAAGUAAACUUAUUUUGGUACACCUUGCCAUGUAUAAGUAAACUCGUAUGAGUAUAAGAUUGUGUUAUAAGUAAUG